AGAGCUCUAGAGAGAGCUACUUUCUUUCAAGCUUUGAUCUUUUGGCGAGAGGGAUGCGAAGGUAGAGAAGCUGAAAGAUUUCAUCGAAUCUUUUUAAAUAUUGUAUUGUAUUCUUCUAACCGCAAAUUAUUGAUGAUAUGUAGUCAUUUGAUUUUAAAAAUCGCUUACCGACACAAUGGUAUUCUUAAAACGAAAUCUACAAAGCAGUAAUCGCUUGCCAUGGACUUGUCACUUGAUUUGUAAACAGUUAUUGAUAAUUUUUUGCGUUGGGUUGUCGCUGAAGCAUCCAGCUGUCACGGCUCAGCCAGGAACCGUGGCACCGGCAGUGGACGGAGAUGUGCGACUAAGCGGUGGCCGUAAUCCCCUAGAGGGCAGAGUUGAAGUUUAUUUUAAGGGAGAGUGGGGGACAAUUUGUGAUGAUGAUUGGGGAAUCCAGGAUGCAGAUGUUGUAUGCAGACAACUUGGAUACAACAUGGCUGCCAGGUUGGGAUGUUGCUUGUCCUUUGGUCCAGGAACUGGACCAAUACACGUGGAUAACUUAGCCUGUCGAGGGGAUGAGCAUUCCAUGGAGGAGUGUCCAUUCAAUGGUUGGGGGCGCCACAACUGUGGUCAUUGGGAAGAUGCUGGAGUUGUUUGCACAAACCCAAUUAGGUUAAAGGAAGGCUUAACACCACUUGAUGGGCGAGUUGAAGUGUACAUGAAUGGCAACUGGGGGACAAUAUGCAAUACAAACUGGGGAAUCGAGGACUCCUUGGUGGUGUGCCGGAUGUUAGGAGGAUACACAGCCAAUAAUUAUACACAAACCGUUAUACCAGGCACAGGGGCGGUUCAUUUAGACAGAGUGCAGUGUAAUGGGACAGAGAUUGUACUCGAUCAAUGCCAAAAAGAUGCUGAGGUUGAAAUCAGCUGUUUAGAUCAUACGCAGGAUGUUGGUGUAAACUGUUCGAGACAUAUACGAUUAGCCAAUGGAAACCAUCCGCUGGAGGGAAGGUUAGAAGUCUUCAACCAUGAUCAAUGGGGUACAGUCUGCGAUGACAGGUUUUCUGCCUCCGAAGCUGAAGUUGUUUGUCGACAUCUUGGAAACUAUGUACCUGACCCAAGUAAAUCAUACUCAUGUUGUGCAAGGUUUGGUGAGGGGAAAGGUCCAGUUCAGAUGACCCAAUUAGUUUGUACCGGCAGCGAAAAGAAAAUAGAAGACUGUCAGUUUCAAAGAAGGAAUCAUAAUUGUCCUCAUACAGAGGACAUUAGUGUCCACUGUUCAGACCUUCGAUUGUCUGAUGAUUACAGUAGUCUUCAAGGCAAGCUGGAGUAUAUUGAAAACCAUGAAUGGGGUGAGAUCUGCUCCGAUGACUGGGAUAUUAAUGAUGCAAACGUCGCCUGCCAGCAGCUGUACAAUACAACUGCUACAUCGAUAUAUUUCAGAGAUUCUCGGACGAGUGUACAACCGUUGUUUGGCGGCUUCCAAUGCAAUGGAACAGAAUCUAGAUUGUCUGCUUGCCCUAGGUCAACCUAUGACAUAUGUACAAGUAGACAUGUGGCCGGUAUCAAAUGUAAAGGACUGAUAAAAGUUCGCCUGCAGGAUGGGCCAAAUACAAUGGAAGGCCGUGUUGAGAUAUUUUUUAACGGUGAAUGGGGCACAGUUUGUGAUGACGGUUGGAGCAUAGAAGAGGCUGCAGUUGUUUGCAGACAACUCGGCAACUACGAUGUAAGAUCUGCCAAAUGUUGCAGCGAGUAUCCAAGCAAGAUUAGUGGCACUAUUCAUCUGGAUGAUGUGUAUUGUCAGGGAAAUGAGAGGAGGCUGGAGUUAUGUUCCCAUAAUCAGUGGGGUGAACAUAAUUGCGGAAACCAUGAGAAUGCAGGCGUAAUUUGCUCAGAUUUGAGAAUACCAUCAACAAACAACCAAGCAACAUCGAACAUUGGCCCAAUCGAGUUGCUAGUUGAUGGAAGGUGGGGGCAUAUUUGUGCUGAGAAUUUGACCCUUGCUGCAGCCAACGUGACGUGUCAUCAAGUUCAUAACACUGAUGUGAUAUCCAUACAGAUAUAUGAAAGUCCGGCAAUUCCAAGAAUCAGCUACUUGGAUUGUGACGGUCAAGAGAGUAUGAUUGCGAAUUGUUCCCAGGGUACAUGGGUGAAUACCUCAUGUCCAAGCGGUCAUAUUGGUGGUGUUCUAUGUCAUGCAGCAAAUAAGGUCAGGUUAGUUGGUGGCAGUACACCUCGUGAAGGUCGAGUAGAGGUCAAUCAUGAAGGGGAAUGGGGUACUAUAUGUGAUGACAAUUUUGAUUUGCCAGAGGCUGAGGUAAUUUGUAGACAGUUAGGUUUCAUUGGAGCUCACACAGAAAAUUGUUGUCAGAAGUUUGGUCCAGGCAGUGACCAGAUCUUUCUGGAUGACCUCAGCUGUGUUGGAACAGAGUUUAGCAUUGAGUUGUGUGGGCAUCGUGGAUGGGGGAGUCAUAACUGCGGACACCAUGAAGAUGCCGGCGUCAUCUGUCAAAGUAAUUUGAUUCCAGAUGAAGAUGAGACAUCGGGGGAACCACCAAUACUUCAAAGUUCGAUUCGGCUCAGAGGUGGCUCGUCUGUAUUAUCAGGUCGUGUUGAGGUCUUAAAAGAUGGCAAUUAUGGUACCGUCUGCGAUGAUGGGUUUGGCUUAGAAGAGGCAACAGUAGUCUGUCACCAACUCGGGUUUGCUGCUGCUGAUCCCGUAGACUGCUGCCCUUCUUUUGGAGGUGGUUCAGGCCAGAUCUUACUCGAUGGUCUUCAAUGCCGUGGUAAUGAAGAAGAUUUGUUUAGUUGUGAUCACACAACAUUACAUAACUGUGAACAUUAUGAAGACGCUGGUGUCAACUGCUUAAGCCAAGUUCCAGGACCAUUGCCAGGAAUUCCCUCUGAGGGUGAUAUGAGGUUAUCCGAUGGUAAUGCACUUCAAGGCCGUGUAGAAAUCUUUCUUAAUGGUGGUUGGGGAACCGUUUGCGACGACAACUUUGAUAUCAAAGAUGCGGAUGUGAUCUGCCGCCAACUUGGAUACAAGUCAGCCAAUCCGAAGCAAUGUUGCGCAAACUUUGGUGCAGGUGUUGGAGACAUUCUACUAGAUGAUUUAGAGUGUGAAGGAAGUGAGGUCAAUAUUUUCAAUUGCCCUCAUACCAAUAGGGUCAAUCAUAACUGUGGCCAUUUUGAAGAUGUUGGUGUUAAAUGUAUUCGUUCUGUAUAUCUGAACUCUACAACACCACUUGAGGGCAGGCUUGAAUUGCGUCAUGAAGGGGCUUGGAUUGGUGUGUGUCAUGCAACGUUUACAUCGAAAGAGGGUAAAGUAGGUUGUUUACAUGCUGGAGGACUUGAAUUUAAAAAAUUUAAACCAAUAGUAUCGAACAAGACAGCUAUUCAUGUACAAAACUUGUCGUGCACAGGAAAAGAGAAUUCGUUGGACGAUUGUAACAAUGGCGUGCAAUUUGUGAAUACAUCUUGUGAUGAAGUCUACCUCAUUUGCAGAAAACGUACUGGGCCCCCACUUCGUCUCGUGGAUGGAAGUCACCCCCUUGAAGGGCGAGUGGAGGUAUUCAACCAGGGUCAGUGGGGAACGGUCUGUGAUGAUGGAUGGGGUGUAUCCGAAGCAGUGGUAGCCUGUAGGCAACUUGGAAAUUAUGUACCAGCGAUGUUCCAGUACCCGGCACGUUGCUGUGGAGCGUUUGGAAUAGGAACAUUACCAAUAUUACUGGAUAAUUUGGUAUGCACAGGGGCUGAGCCAAGUUUAGAUCAAUGCAAACAUGGUGGAUGGAAUGUAAACAACUGUGGUCACAAUGAAGAUGCUGGUCUAAUCUGCACAGAUAUCCGUCUGGUUGGAGGUGUGGUUGGGAGUGUGCUAGAGGGACGAGUAGAAGUUUUACAAAAUCAUAGAUGGUUGACCAUAAGCAGUGAAAAUUGGACCAAAGAAAAUUCAGCUGUUGUUUGUAGACAACUUUUCAACACAACAGUCGCAUCAGUUUCAGAAUAUCAGAUAAAGGCAUCGCCAAUGGUUACAAAUGUUCAUUGUUCCGGUAACGAAAAAAUGCUGUCAAGCUGCGACUACAACAGUACAAGCCUUAGCCCAAAGGGUGCAAAGGCCAUAGGCGUUGCUUGCUCAGAACUGCGUCUCAGUGAUGGUAGCCGGGCGGGUGAAGGUCGGAUAGAAGUGAUAAGCUUAAGCGGGGAGUGGGCUAGUUUCUGCUCUCACGGUUUCACACAAGAGUCGGGCGAUGUAGCCUGCCGCGAGGCUGGCUUCUGCUUCGCCAGUGAUAUUUAUCAUGAUAAAUUUGGACCAGCGCCUGGCAACAUCAGAUUGUCUGAACUGAAGUGCAUAGGAAAUGAAAGCAAGUUGGAAGAGUGCCCCCAUAGACAAGGUGCAUCACAGUGCUCCAACUCAUAUUUUACAGCUGGUGUCAGAUGCAAAGAUACUUGUGAUAAUCUAGGGUCAUUGGUGAAUGGUGAGGUGAUUCCUAUGUCACAAUCCUAUGCAACUGGAAGUGUUGUUUCUUUCAAAUGCAACCCAGGGUACAUAUUGAGUGGAUCAAAAAAUAUUGUAUGUGAAAGCUGUGUUUGGAGUUCAAAGAUGCCUGUGUGUGAAAUGUCUGUAGUAACUUGUCCAGACCCUCCAAAGUUUGCAAAUGCUACAAUUAGUACUUCAGACUCAAGCAUAGUACAUUAUCGGUGUGUGGAUGGCUACCAUAGCAAUCAGGCUGCAACUUACAUGGUGUGUGAGUCAGGAAAGUGGAGCGGGCCAGGUAUUGCUUGUCAAGAAGAUGUUGCGGAAAAAGCUGAUGGCAAUGAUUCUGGAUUUGUGGGAUCACAAUCACCAAGAGUUAGUCGAAGUUAUUCUUUGUUGUGGCUGAUGGCAAGCUUUCUGUUGCUAAUUCUAAUAUUAUUAGUUAUUUAUGAUAUCAGGAAAAGAGCAUACAGGUUGCAUUGCAAGCCGGUUCGUUUCAAUUGCGCCAAAGGUAAAGACAUCGAGGGCGAGUUGCAGUUAUUGAAUCACGAUGUCGUCAAUCAGCAACAUGAGUCCGCAUUACAAGAGCCAGACACACCGAACAGCUCCUGGCCUGCAUAACAAAAUUUUUCAUAAAGAUAAAAUACAGUGGUACUCUACAUAUAUUUCUGCUCAUAAACAGAUUUUUUAAAGGUGUAAUUUUUAUAAGCGUGUUUAAGGAAUGAAAUAAUUAAAUAUCUUUUUUGAAACUGAUAAUUGCUUGAAGAUGGAUGUUAGUUUAAAAUUGAAUAAUGAUAUUUUUAUUAUUUUUUAGUACACUGUUUUUCAAAUUCUUUUUAAACAUUUUACCUUUUGACCAGGCAUAUGAUGAAACUUAGCACAAUUUUUUUUUAAAUGCAUAAGUUGCAGGCAGUGGCGGCACCAGCGGGUUGGCAGGGGACUUAAGCCCCCCACCGGACAGGUCAAGCCCCCCCCCUUGCCGGACAGAGCUUGUCAGGCAUUCAGUCCAUAAAACAUAUAAAAAUAGGCCCACACCAAGCCAACACAUGUCUGUCACAGUC